AUGCUACCUAGCUACACUCUCCUUUUUUUUUCCCAUCAAAACAAUCAUUCCCCUGUUACCAAAACCACACUGUAACCCCCCUUUUUUUGGUAUUGGCUUCAAAUGAGUUCGGCUACUAAGAACGCGGCAAACGCGGUUGGGGCCAAAACGGCAAGAGCAUGUGACAGCUGCAUAACCAAACGUGCACGUUGGUACUGUGCUGCCGAUGAUGCUUUUCUCUGCCAGGCCUGCGACUCUUCUGUUCACUCCGCGAAUCCUUUGGCUCGAAGACACGAACGAGUCCGCUUGAAAACGGCGUCCUACAAGUCCACUGAUGAACAACAACAACAACAACAACAACCUCCCACGUGGCACACUAAGAAACCUCGAACGCCGAGGCACGGGAAACAUUCUCGUAACAACAACCCUUUCCAUUUGGUCCCUGAAGAGGGUUCGGAGGAGGCGAAUUCCCAUGAUGAGAACGAGGAGCAGCUUCUUUAUAGGGUCCCCAUAUUCGACCCUUUUGUUGCUGAGCUAUGUGGGACUAAUAGUUCUCCUUCUCCUGUUACUUCAACUGAUCAAGGAGUAGUUGCUGCUGCUGAGGUUGAAUACAAAGGGUUUCAAAGCAAUGGUUUUUGUAGCAAUAGCAGUGAGAUGGAAAACUUGCAUGGGAUGCUUCCUUCUGAUGCCGAACUUGCUGAGUUUGCUGCUGAUGUGGAGAGCUUGUUGGGUAGGGGGCUUGAAAACGAGUGCGUGGGGAUGGAAGAAUUGGGAUUGGUUGAUGCGAAAGAGGAGGAGUGUUCGGUAGGUAGUGGGAAGGUGAAGAUGGAAGAUCAGGAAGAGAGCCCUCUGGUGGAGAUGGAGAUGGAUAUGGUCGUGGGCAGAGAUGAUCAAUCGUUUGAGUUGAGCUUUGAUUAUGAAACGUGUGAAGAGGUGAAGGUUUGUGAUUUGGGAUUGGGGAAUGAAUUAGGAGCGAAGAAAGAGAAUGAUGAUGAGGUGAAAAAGAACAAGAUUUCGUUGCAGCUAGACUAUGAGGCGGUAAUCAUCGCCUGGGCUAGCCAAAAAUCUCCGUGGACCACCGCUGACAAACCAAACUUGGACCCUGAUGAGUGCUGGAAACAAUGCAUGGGAAGUUGCGAAACGGCAUAUCAUCAUCCUUGCGGUGAAAUGGGUGGAUUUGGGAUUCAUCCAGUGAUAAUAGACGGGGGCAGAGAGGCGAGGGUGUCAAGAUACAGAGAGAAGCGCCGAACGAGGUUGUUCUCGAAGAAAAUAAGGUACGAAGUUAGGAAAUUGAAUGCUGAGAAGAGACCCAGAAUGAAGGGGAGGUUUGUCAAGAGGGCUUCCUUUGCACCACCAACAUUUCCUUUGCUAAAUAAAUAAGAGCUACAUUUGUUGUUCUGCCACUAAAGUUUUGUUAGUAUUUGCUAAGUAUAUUUUUGCGACGUGAUAUCGCUUUUCAUUUCAUUUUCUUAUUUCUUUGUAUAUAACAAUUUUGCUAAGUUAAUAAUUGUCCAAAUUUUUAAUCAUGUGGCCUUGUAAUUUAUUUAUAUACAUAUAUUAACAUGAACGUGACUUAUAAAUUGUAA